GCGUACGAGCAGCAGUUGAAGGUCAUUCGCCAUCGCCUCUCAGGCAUCGACAAGUCGCACGUCUGGCCCUUCCAGAAGUGGUACGAGACGGAGAGAGCAGCGUAUGUGCUGAGGCAGUACCUCUUCAGCACGCUGCACGACCGCCUCGGCACGCGCCCCUUCCUCGGCCUCACCUUCAAGAAGUGGAUCGCCUUCCAGAUCCUCAAGGCGUUGGACCAGGCGCACUCACGAGGGGUCUGCCAUGGCGAUCUGAAAGCGGACAACGUGUGUGUGACGGCGUGGAACUGGGUGCACGUGGUGGACUGGGCGCCCUUCAAGCCCGUCCUCGUCCCCUCCGACAACCCCGCCAUCUUCUCCUUCUUCUUUGAUACCGCCCCCUCCGGCCGCCGCCGCUGCUGCAUCGCCCCUGAGCGGUUUGUGUCGGCGAGUGAGUGGAGGCAGAGGCAAAGCGAAGGGGAGGGCGGAGUGGGGGGGGCACAGCUGCAGCCUGCCAUGGACAUUUUCUCCGCAGGGUGUGUGAUAGCGGAGAUGUUUUUAGACGGCGAUGUGCUCUUCGACCUCUCCUCGCUGCUCGCCUAUGUGCACGGCUCCUACGAUCCCCUCCCUGUCAUCGAUCGGAUCCCAUGUCCAUCAGUGCGCGCCCUGGUGGCGCACAUGGUACAGAGGGACCCCUCGCAGCGCCUGCCAGCAGCGGCGUACCUCACGGCGUUCAGCGACCCCCAGGGCGCCGCGCUCUUCCCCCACCCCGCCUUUGACACCCUGCAUGACGAGCUGUUCUGCCACUUGCCCGCCAUGGACGCUGAUGGCCGGGUAACAUGGGGUGGGGGGGGGUUCAUGUGA